AUGAAGAAUGCCUUAAUGGAGUACAACCCGAUAUCCGAAAGGAUACUCACAGCCCGCAUUCGCACUAAAUACCGUAACAUCACAGUGCUACAGUGCUACUCACCAACAGAAGCAGCUGACAACGACACCAAAGACUCAUUUUAUGAGCAAUUGAACAGAGCAAUUUCCAUUGCUCCAAGGAGCGACAUAAAAAUUGUCAUGCGGGAUAUGAACGCGAAAGUUGGCGACGACAACACAAACCUGCAAGCAAUUAUGGGGUCCGAAGGUUUACGCAGUAUUCGCAAUAACAAUGGCGAACGUCUCAUAGACUUUUGCAUGGGCAACCAAUUAUUCAUUGGAGGUUCUAAAUUUCCACACCGAGAUAUACAUAAAUACACAUGGCAAUCUCCAGAUGGUAUUACCGGUAACCAGAUCGACCACUUCAUGAUAAGCAGAAAGUUUCUGGGUUGCUUGAUGGAUGUGAAGGCUAUCAGAGGAGCGGACAUAUACAGCGAUCACCAGCUACUUGUCGGUAUAUUAAGGCUAAGACCAAUGGCUAAUUAUAAGAAACCAUCAGCCAGGAAGAAAUUCAACGUGCAUAGGUUGCAACAAACAUCAGUUGCACAAGAGUUCACGCGUCGUCUGUGUACAGAGCUGGAGUCACAUCAACAACAACCGAGCAGGAAAAACAUAACCGAAGCCUGCAUUAAAACAGCAAAUGACACACUAGGCGGAAGCACCCACCACACCUCACCGUGGAUCAGAGAUGCAACAUGGGAGAAAAUCAAGGAAAGGAAAGCCAUUAAAAUGGAACUACUUUCAGCAGAACAGUAG